GGAGGGUGACGGGGGUGAGAACGGAAGCUCGCGUAGAUAGGGAGGGUGCAGUCGCCUCAGACGUCUGCUAGGCCCUAACACUUUGCGUCAGACCUUCCUUUUACGCUUUCCGUUCUCUCGUUCGGUUGCACCUUCGAUUAUUCUUCCCUUCGGCGGCCGUUCACGAUGGCUCUCGAUGCCACCGAGAAAAGUUACAUACUGGACGCCAGGAACACCUACGAGGAUGGUGGCAGUCUCGGUUCGGAGGAGUCUUACGAUGACAUGAGACAAUUGGUCGGGGACAAGAAGGAGGAGUCCGGAAAAUUCAAUAGCCUACCUCUGGCCAGUUUCAAUUUUAUCAACUCGAUUAUCGGCAGCGGUGUUAUUGGCAUCCCCUACGCCCUCCAUCAGGCUGGAUUCGGUCUUGGUAUCGCAUUGCUGGUAGUGGUAGCUGGCCUGACCGAUUACUCAUUAAUUCUGAUGGUCAGAAGCGGUCACAUCUGCGGCGAGAUGAGCUACCAAGGCUUAAUGAGGGCUAGCUUCGGUCGUACCGGAUUUUAUAUUCUCACAACUUUACAGUUUUUUUAUCCGUUCAUAGCGAUGGUCUCUUAUAACGUUGUUGUCGGCGACACGGUCACGAAGGUUUUAAUAAGGGUGACGGGAAUGAGCGAGACGAACAUCUUCGCUCACCGGCAAGUGGUCAUCUUCUUCGCGACGGUCUUGGUUACGAUACCGCUGUGUCUUUACCGAAACGUUGCUCGUUUGGCCAAGAUCUCCUUUCUUUCGCUCGUCUGCGUCGGGUUCAUUCUGUUGGCGAUUCUAAUCCGAAUGGGUACGAUGGCCUCAAUUGUGCCAAGCCGAGAGGAUAGCUGGCGAUUCGCGAACUUUCCCGGCAUAGUGCCAUCGGUCGGGAUUAUGGCAUUCGCCUUCAUGUGCCACCAUAAUACGUUCCUCAUCUACGAGUCCAUAGAGAGAGCUACCCAACAGAAGUGGGACGUCGUCACUCAUUGGUCCCUUUUCACCUCGUUCCUGAUUGCCGCGGCGUUCGGAAUUAUCGGGUACACUACGUUCACAUCGUUCGUUCAGGGCGAUCUUAUGGAGAACUACUGCUGGGACGACGAUCUAAUGAACUUCGCGAGGGUGAUGUUCAGCGGGACCAUACUGCUGACGUUCCCGAUCGAAUGUUUCGUCACGAGGGAGGUGAUCUUAACGGCCAUCAAAGGAACGGACGAGCUGGAGGAUCACACCGCUUACAUUCCGAACUCGGACCGGAAGUACCUGAUCAUCACGCUGACGAUCGUGGUGGUGGCAUACCUGAUCUCGAUGUCCACGGACUGUUUGGGCCUGGUGCUCGAACUGAACGGUAUCUUGGCGGCCGUGCCCUUAGCCUACGUCCUUCCCGGACUCUGCUACCUCAAACUCGAAGAGGGACCAGUCCUCUCCCCGAAGAAGCUUCCCGCCCUCGGUCUGAUGACCGUCGGCGUGUUCGCCGCCGUUUCCGGUCUGCUGCUGUUGAUCUUGAACAGCAAUACCUCCGGCUCCUGCGUGCACGGAAAGGAGGGGAGUUCGAGUCUUAGCUUGACUUCCAAAUGCAUUAAAAUGGAAAUUUCGAAAAAGGAUCAGCAAAUUGAUACGUGUGAGAAGAUUUACGAAGACAAGUGUCGAAUUUGUUUAAAAGGAGCUGCUGAAAUUUGUGAACUAUUUCGAAAUGGAGACGCUAUUCCUCGGAAACUUAUGGCUGUUGCUUCCGUACAGGUAGAGGAAGGAGAUGGUUUGCCACCAGUGAUCUGUUUGCCUUGUAAUCAACGUUUGGAUGAAUCCUAUGAUUUUAAAUGUCAAAUACAAAGUGCAGAUGAAAAACUCCGUCAAAUCCUGAAAUUAAAAGCUUCUUCCAAUAACUCAGGUAGCAGUGCCAGUAUAGUUACAGCAAUAAUCGCUGAUGUGAUAUCUAGUGUAAUAUCUUCUGAAAAGGAGAACACAGAAAAACAAGAGGAGUGUCCUACAAACUUUUGUCCUGAUAAUUUUUGUUUCACAAAAGAUGAUACCUCUUUUUGCUUAAACACAGAAAGAAACUUAUUUUGCUACGACAGAGAAACACAAAGUCAAUUAUGUAGCACAGGAGAGAAAAAAAGCUCUCAUGAUGUUAAUGAUUAUAAAACUCUUUUAGAGGAUCCUUUAGAACAAAGUAAUUCAAUUAAACAAGAAUUGUCUCUAUAUGAUGAAAAUAAGGAACAUAAUGAAACAAGUAAUUCUGUAGAACAAGUUAGUCCAGUGAAACAUGAAGAAUUACAUUUGUUCCAUGAACAUGUGCAACAAAAUAAAAAUACUUUCUUUAAAGUUGAUGUAAAUAAUGUGGAAGUAUCGGAAGACCAACGAAUGUUGGACGAAGCAUUGAAAAUCGAGAGUGUACAAGAUGAUGAAGAAAAGCCUCUUAUAUCACGCACAACCAGAAUACGAUGUACACAAUGUAUUAAAUCCUUCCAUACAAAUGUGGCCUUACAGAGGCAUCUUAUGAUACAUAAAAAGAAAACUAAAUUACGAUAUGUUUGUUACGUUUGUGAUAAACAAUAUUCUACUCUUGCAAAAGUGAAAAAUCAUGUUGCAAUUUGUCAUAAGAAGGAUGAUAUCGAUGAAACAAGAGUUAGUUGUGAACAAGUGAAAGAAGAAGCAAAUAUACAAGAAAGGAGAAUUAAUAAUGUCCAAGACAAGAGAAUAAAAGGGCAAAAGAACGAUGAUUCCUUAAAAGAACAACGAAAGAAUUUAAAAUUUUCUUGUAAUAUGUGUUCAAAGCAAUUUACUUAUCAAAAAUCUUUUAUAACUCAUGUUAAGAGUCAUCCAGAAUAUAAAUCAGAAGAAGUAGAUGAGACUGAUCAGUGUUUAGAGAAGGAUAAAUCAGUAGAGAACGUUGAAGAAGAAGAAGAAAACGAAGAGGAAGAAGAUGAAGAAGAUGAAGAGGAUGAAAACAUUCCCGUUGAAAGUCUACAGUGUACUCAGUGUGGAAAGUUGUUUGCAACAAAGAGAAAUUUGAAGAGGCACCUUUCUACACAUAGCGGAUUGAAGUACACUUGUGGAACUUGUGGUAAAGGAUUUUCAAGGGUAGACAAACUAAAAGAUCAUGAACAAUCAAAACAUAAGGCUGAAAUAUUCGAUAGUUCCGAUUUAGAUGAUAAAGAUGACUCAGACAGCAUAAAUAAGGGAAGUUGUUUAGAAGGUAGAAAGAAAGAUCGUCACAAUAGACCACAUAAAUGUGCAAUGUGUCCUAAAUCUUUUGCACAGGCUCAAUCUCUAACCAAUCAUAUGGAACGUCACACACGUGUUAAAGAGACUCAAAAAAGAUUCCUUUGUGAGGUUUGCAGCAAGUGUUUCGCUCAAAGUGGUUCACUCGUUGCACAUAUGCGUACACAUACGGGAGUUAAACCUUAUGUUUGUACUGUGUGCAGUAGAGCGUUCACAAAGAGCACUUAUUUACAAUUACAUCUGCGAACACAUAGUGGAGAGAAACCUUAUAUUUGCCAGUAUUGUAGUAGAGCCUUUGCACGUGCGAACACAUUAGCACGACAUAUAACUGUGCACACAGGAGAAGCGAAAUAUCAUUGUCAAAUUUGUACAAAAUCAUUUAGAAGACUGACAUCAUUGAAUGAACACACUUAUACGCACACUGGUCAACGACCUUAUGCGUGUAAAAUUUGUACAAAGAGAUAUAACAAUGCAGGUUCAUUAUAUGCACAUAGAAAAAAAUGUAAGGCGCAGCAGCUAUCCAAUACUGAAUUUGCAGUUUCUGUGGAGGAUUCUGUACCCCAACAGGAUGUGAACGUGUCACAAGUUUUGAUCUAUUCACAGAGAAAGUUGAUGGAAGAUGCCACUGUUGGACAAGUUACACCUACACCGCAGUACAUGAUUGCAAAUGUGCACAAUCAAAAAAAUUUGGGAGCAAAUAUUAUUCAACCAUUUACGGUGGACGAUCCAAAUGUUUAUGCAAUUAAUUCAAAGCAAUUUAAGAGUCCUUAUUACGCAAUCUAUCCAAAUAUGUAAGAUAAUAACGUGUGCCGAAAAUUGAUUAAAAAAUGUCUUUUUUUAAAGA